CUAUUUAGGGUUUAAGGUUUAAUUCAUCCCCAUUACUUAUUAUACACGCAACACUUAACUUAAAACCUUACAAGAAAACUCACAAGUCACAAACACAACAAAUCUGAGAGAUUGUUACUUAUUAUUCACGCAAACAACCAAUUAUAACCCAGCUCGGUGAUUGCAAAAUUCCAUUAACACAAAAAAAAAGAUAUGAGAUAGAUGGAAGAAGAGCUCAAAACGUUCAUCAAAGCUUGGGCCUGUGCAAUAAUCUCAGUAUCUUAUUGUUACUACGUAUCACAAAAAAUCAAAGCUGGUGUUUAUAGAUUAAUCUGUUUUGUUCCCGUAUGUGCUCUGUUUAUUGUUCUUCCUCUGUUUUUCUCAUCUGCGCAUUUCUCAUUCAUCACAUCGACUUUCUUCACAUCCAUUGCCAAUUUGAAGCUCAUACUCUUUGCUUUUGAUAAAAGUAAUCUUUUCCCAACUCCCCCAAAUCUCAUCCAAUUCCUCUGCUUCAUUUGUCUACCCAUCCACCCGCAACGAAACCCUAAAUCUCAAGAUCCUUUUCCCAAAUGGGUUUUUGCUGUCAAAGUCUUAGUCUUUGGAGUUGUUUUACAUGUGUAUAGUCACAUAGAGUAUUUGCAACCGAUUCUGCUAUUGGGUCUCUAUCCUCUGCAUACAUACCUAUCACUUGAGAUUCCCUUAACGCUCCUCAAAGAUUUGCUCACUAUCACUCUUGGGUUCGACCUUGAGCCAAUUUUCAACGAACCAUAUUUAGCCACCUCGCUUCAAGAAUUUUGGGGUCGUCGGUGGAAUCUUCUGGUCUCAGCUAUUCUCCGGUCAAGCGUCUUUAUCCCUGUAAGGCGAGUAUGCAGCCACAUAAUGAACACCAAACGGGCUAUAAUUGUUGGUGUUUUGGCGUCGUUCCUCGUCUCCGGUUUGCUUCAUGAGUUAGUUUUCUUCUAUGUAACCCGUCAAGCGCCUACAUGGGAGGUUACUUGGUACUUUGUGUUACAUGGAGUUUGCACGGUGGUUGAAGUUAUUGUGAAGAGGGAAACGUCCGUGGGGCAAUGGGUGGUGAGACCGGCUGUUUCACGACUGCUCACGGUGGGUUUUGUGGUUUUGAGCGCUGGUUGCUUGUUUUUCCCUCAGUUCAAACGGAGCGGCGCGAUGGAGAGAUUCGCCGGUGAAUCUUUGUUGUUCACUGAUUUCAAGCAUGACUUAUUUAUUUUCUUGGGAGUCGUGGAAUCAUGAUAUUUUGGAAAAUAAUAAACAUGCUGAUUCUCUAUCCUUUUCAAAUUAUGGAUUUUUUCA